CAUUAUUCACACCACGCCUAGUGGCCGGCCGCAGAACAUCGAGUUGACAACAGACAGACGGACUGUCAUUGACUUUUGUGUUGUUUUGGUGAAUUUGCUCUUUUCAGACAGUUUGGUUUGACAAAAAACUUACGUUCGUAUCUAGGAGAAUUUCAUCAUGACCGCCAACGAGUGCUACCGGCCUCCUACUGACGCUCAGCUGCGAUACACGGUGCAGUGGUUCCACGAGUGGAGCGAAAUGCAGAGAGGGGACUUUCUGCCCAUCCUAGCUCAAAAGCUGGCUCCCGGUAGCUAUAUCAACGGCCUGCUCUCUGGAGUAGAAACUUUGUCUUGUAACGAAGGUCGACCACCGAGUCUCUUCCAGUGCAGAGUCAAGUUGUUCAGAGAAUGGUUCGAGACCUGGAGUCAGGCUGAGAGGGACCAGUUAUUGGGACAUAUCAAGAGCAUGGACCCCAACUUCUUUAACAAGGUUCAGGAAGAGCUUGAAACACUAUCCAGCAAAGCAGGCAAUGGUCCAAUUCCAUCAGAAAAUGGAGACGUAGCUCACGAUGCCACAGAGGAAAAUGGAAUUGUUGAGGUGAAUGGGGAAGAACCUGCUGAAGCUGAGUCGAAUGCCGUAGAAAAUGGUGAUGAGCCAGAGGAUGCCCCAGCGACAACAAAUGGGGUGGAGGAGACCCCUUUGAGCUAGUUCAUAAUUUGGUAUUGACUCGUCAGCUGUGAGUAAGAAAAGAUGUGCCACAUUUCUACAUAAGACUUCUUCAGUAUUGCAGAUAACAGCAAAGACUAGAGGUUUGUACACGUAUCUUAGUAAGCAAACACAUGAGAUAAGAGCACGUGUGGUGCCUUUUUGGUACCAACACCAACAGUCUUCAACUAAUAGCCAGUAAAUUGUUCUUGGUCUACCUUUUUGUUCACUAUACUAUAAAUGUUAUAGGAAUUUUUACAAACUUCUGACAAUAUGUCCAUUGUACUGUAUUUACAAUUACCCAUACCCAUAUAUCUACUUCUGUUUCAUUAUUCAUUAGCCAACCUAGCUUUGACAGAACUUGGCAGCUGGAGUUUUGUACUAAACAACUCUGUAUUAAAAUCUGAGUCUAGUUAUAUACAUUCCUCACGGUCAUAGUGAUAAUACUUAGGAAAGAUGCCUUUUAAUAUUUAUUUUUUAAAGUAAGAGUUGAAUUAGUGGGCCACAUUUUAUGGUUGUGUAACAGACAUUUUAUAAGAAAAUGUUGUCAAUUCAUAAAUAAUUACACAAUAUACAAAUAUUGCGCCUUGCCUUUUGCUUGAGUGAGAAACUUUGCAGUUUUAUCACAAAAUAUUUAAUUCUAGUACAUCAACACCUUGCCUACUGUACUCGAAGGCUGAUUGAAUGGGUCUGAUUCAUUACAAAUCAUUUGUGUUACUGUGUUUUUACUCGUUCUUUACCACCACCUGCACCUACUCAGUGGUAGAAGAACGAGUAUUGAUCUCAGUGCGAUGUCACGCGUAACGCUAUUCAUGCUCGCAGUACAGAAUAUGUACACUUAUGAUACUUGUACCAUUCGAAACGGGGAAUGUUGUAGGCGUGACCAACAAUGGACCUUUUUUCAAGUUUGACACUACUUUUUUGAGAACUCUUAACAAAAUUCGCCGGUUUUCGUUCUAAGUCGAUAGACCCGUGCCGCACAACAAAUCUUCAUCUUGGAACACGAAGCGCAUACAGACAUGACAAUACUACCAUUCGAAACUUCGUUUGCUAGUAUUACUGGAAGCAAUGAAGAUUGUUUCGGUCUAAUAGCAAAAUUUUGAGAACUCUUAACAGAUUUCACAAGUUUUCAGUCUAAGUCCUGUCUGCCGAUGUUGCUUCUGCUAUUGUGCCGCCAACUGUAGAUUCAUAUUCAUUUUGGUUUUCACGGAACGCGCAUCUUUUUGAAAGCGCCGACUUUUGCAACAAUGCUCUUGUCUUGUGACCUGAAGGGAAUACCGAGAAUAGCGCCUGUUUUAGCCUUCUCUUUAAUUUCGUCAUCAUCCAGUUUCAUAUGGUACAUGUUUAAUAAUAAUAUAUAUUCUCAGAGUAACGUGACACAUGUUGACAGAACAACACUCGUUGAUUCUACAACCAUAUAGAUGUAAAGCAACUGAGCACUGAAAGAGUCUCUGUAAAGAACGAGUACCAGUAUUCACACAAAAUUAAUUUUGUGUUUUCUUUCCUCCUUGUUUGUCAUUUGUCUUAUUAUUAUUAUUCCUACUACACAUUCCUCUUGUAGUUCCUUUUAAAAUAUUGUGAAUGUGCACAACGUUUCAGGCAAGAAAAUUCCGUAUAACUUGUACUACUAGGGAUUGUUUUUAUGUCCCCAUUAUUUCUAUUUUCUGGAAGUUUUAGUUUGAUAUGCUACAUGACUAGUCAUGUUUCUGUGUCUAAUUUUCAGCGUACCAUAACAUCUGUUUCAUUGAUCUGCAGACUCAAUUUAUAUAUUUUAGUCUUAAGCGUGACAGUUUUUCCUUUUUUUGUUUGGUGGUGCCUUAACAGGAAAACCUAAGGUAGGACUUACUAUCUCCCAGUCCAGUGUUGUAGAAAAAGAAUUUCAGUCUGCAGUACCUUUGAAAGUCAUUAAAAACAUUCCUUACUAAGCCUUACUUUAAAGUGACUUUGUAAAGGCACUGCAGCUUGAGCAUCUUUUAAAGGUUCUGGUUCCUGCCUUUUCUUUUUCUAGUGAAUUUUAUAGUUUGCUAAACUGAAUUACUGAUUUGUUGUAAUCUGGUUGUUAUUUAUUUUUGUGAAGGGUUUUAUUUAUAUCUGAUGCUUUUUUAUGACUUCAUGCUUUGAUAUACGUUUCACUUUGACCAUUAAUUGUGCAAACAAAUCACUAACUUGACUUAAAACUUUUAAUACCCUUGCUAAUGUGAAUGUGAGCUUAAGAAUAACUUACUGAUCAUAGUGAUUUUUAUUCCAUUUCUUGGUGAUGCGAUCUGUGGUUAAAAUUGUGAUUGGUUACAUUCCUAUUGUAAUUUAAUAAUUGGCCAUAAGUUCAUUUUAAAAGUAUAUGUUUUCUAUCUUUUGGUAUUGGUACUAAAUGUUCAUUUUUCUGAAGGUCUAAAUAGAUAUUUUGUAGAAUGGGUUAAAAAAAAUAAUUAAGGGAUGAAAGUCACCAAAAUUGCAUUCAUGACUGCAUUUUGAUGUUGAGUCCUUUUUCUUUUGUGAUUUAUCAAAUUGUAACUACCAGGUUUUGGCAUAGUGAUUCCCCAUGAACACCUGACUACUGAUAGAUUCAAAAGUCAAUGGAAACAAUUCAUUAUUGUAGACCUGAAAUAGUUAUUUAGGUAGCCCAGACCCACAAGUUCUCUUGUGGUUCUCUGGCCCUAUAUGUCUAAUUCUUAUACAGCCCAGAAAAAAUUAAAAGAUGCUAUUUUUAACCUAAACUGCUGGCACUAUAAUGUCUAAGAAAAUGUGAACAUUUUGAGCAUGCCUGUUACUUUUAAGCACACACACCAGUGUCGGUGACAUAAAGGCUGGCAAUUUCAUAGUAACUCAGUUGUUGCCUCUCCAUCAAAUAAAUAUUCUCUAAUAAAAUAAA